AAAGAUAACAAAGAAGCGGAAUAUUUGAUAUGGCGACCGAUGGCGAAGAUUGUGAGACAAAUUGUAGAAGCAAGGAGGAGAUGGAGAAUUUGGAUGUGUCUACUAUUGCCAGUGUGAAAAAGCGAAAACGAGGCUUGAAAAUGAUGAAAAAGAAAACGCCACUGUUAGAUUUGAUUUCAUUCUGUAAGGCAGAGACAAUUACUUCCCUUACAAAAAAGCAAAUCUUCAUAAAUUCUGUACAGAAGCAGUCCCUGAGGGCCAAUAAUCGGGCCCUGGCCCUGAAUCUAGAGAGGGUCAAACAGGAACUCAGAGCGGCCCUGGAAGUCAAUCACGAACUACGCAAAGAAAUCCAGGAGAGGGAAAUGAGGAUCGUCAUGCUUGAGCGAGUGUCGGGACUGAAAAACGAAGAAAUCGAGGAGGAAGUGCUCCGAAGAGUAGAGCAAAAUCACGAGACAUUGAGGGGUUUCCUGACCAGUAUGGGGGAGAACCUGUUUGCGGUCAGCCAUAACCUGAGUGAGGCUCUCCAUCACUGCGUCCAGUCCUCCCGGCGGUCAACCAUCGGGUCACGGAAGACAUCCUCCGUCGGCAACUCUUCUAACGCGGACCUAGAAGUGGACGUCAACGGACCGGCUUAUCAGAGAUCAAUUUAUGCCCAGACCAAGGGCUCCUCCCUGUCCCUCCCUAAGGAACCCUUACCCACAUCAGAGGGGAUCCCCACGACAACCCUCCCCCUGUACGCCGUGAGUUCACACGACAUGAGCGUGAUCGCAGAACAGACGAUGAGUCUGGAGGAUGUGGAACCGCUCACCGAUCUCGACUCAGCUCUACUCAACAUCAGUGAUGAGCUAGAAGAAGACUCUGGAAAGUCCCAGAACAAGGAGAGAGAAGAGAAACCCAAGUCCCAAGUGUCUAAACUCCCUCAGCGUGUACCAAGGAAGGAGAGAGGAACAACAAAGGUGCCAUCAAACACAGAUAAUACAGAGGCUGGGAAAGGAGUAGAGGUUAUGACUGAGAAAGAGGCAGUGAAGAUCAAGGAAAACGGAAAGGAAAAUGGGAAGGAUGGAGAGAUUGCUGUUGAGAAAGAAGUGAAGAAGAUCAAGGAAAAUGGAAAGGAUAAUGGGAAGGGUGGAGAGGUUGUGGUAGAGAAAGAAGUGAAGAAGAGCAAGGAAAGUUCAAAGGAAAAAUCUAAGACAUCCAAUAAGGAAAUAAAAACUGGCAGUUCUGUAGAGAAGAAAGUGAAAUAUAAGGACACGGUGGAUAGAAGGGGAACAUUUGUAGUGUCUGAUGUUGGAGAUCUAAAUUAUGAAACUAAUUCUUGUCCACCUGCAGGGAAUGAAAUGGAUAGUUCUGAUGAUAGAAGGAAGACUUUUGUUAAGCCACAGACUUUAGUGCCAGAGGAGCCCAAGGACAGACGGGAGACCUUUGUGGUUCCUCCGAAUUCCGAGGAGAAUUCCUCCGAGGACCCAGAGCCGAUGGAGGCUGAGGAGGACCACACCAGGUACUUCAACACGGACAUGGAGAUGACAGAGGUAUAUAACUUCACACAGCAGAUCUCUACCGAUUCCAUCAGUAGUACCAACGAAACCUCGGGGUCUAAAAGUGAGGAAAAUAAUGGCAGCAGGAAGGGAGAAAAAGGAUCGCAGAAGGAGAGUAAAAUCAGAACAGAGGAUGAAAAUUGUAAGAAAGAUGGGGAGAAUCCCAAGAAAGCUACUGAGAAGAAAACAGCAGAGUCUGUGGGGAAGUCCAAUGUGGCAGUUUUAAAGAGUAAACUGGAAAAGAUGAAAGCCAGUGAGCAGGUAAAAUCAGGGAAAAAGUCAAAACAGGAAAAAGAAGAAAACUCAGAAAAAGCUGAGGAAAAGGAGGAAUCUGAGGACCCUGGAAAGAAAGACAGUGAAGCAGCGGGGAAAUCCGUUGUUGAAAUGAGAGUAUCCAAACCUGGAAAUUUUGAGUAUCGUGCUUCAAGAAAACUGGAUGAUGGAACACGGCAGCCUGUUCCUCAGAAACCGGUUUCCAGAGCCAGAUCAAAAGGGAAAGUGAAACUAAGUAAGGCCACCAGUGAAGUCAUCUCAACCAUCUCGAAGACCCCGGGUAAACCAAAAAAUGUGUUUGACUUCGGGGACAGAACUCCUACGGUCACCCUUGAUGUUAAAUCUUUGUAUAGUGAGCCCAAUGAAGAAAAAGAAGUGAAAGAAAAAGAAAUGGAAAAGUCAUCAUCUAAGGAUGAAAGUAAAAAGGUUAAAAGUAAAGAGGAUGAAAACCAGAAGGUGAAGACCAAAAAACCAGCAAAGGAGCCCAAGCUUUUGCCAGAUAACCCAGUAUAUUAUGUGCCAAUGGCCAAAGGGUCACCAGCUGUAGACAGGGUACCAGUCAGACAAUCCAGAAGGUCAAGGUCACGUCCUCGAACCUAUAGAGAAGCAUCAUCUGAUGAAGAAGAGGAGAAGGAAGAAGAAGUCAAGUCAAAGGUUAAAAGACAAGGAAUGUCAAAAUCCAGAAAAAGGCAGAGCAGUGGAGAAGAGGUAGAACAGACAGGUCGGAGGACAAGGUCACAGAGUAGAGGGAGAGAGAGAAGAAGAGAAAAACUAGAGGAAGACAGUGACUAUGAGCCAGCAGCAGCUACUGAGCAAAACAGAUCUAGAGGCAGGUCAAGGAAAAGAAGGGAUAGUAGUUCAGAUGAAAAGGUCAAGGUCAGUAAAGAGAGAACUAGCAGGUCAAGGACAAGGAAAUCGGCUGCACAAGAAAAGAAAAGUAAUGAUAAAGCUGAGCAGGAGGAAACAAAUGGAGAGAAGGCUGAGGAUACAGAGGAGAUAAAAAUUGUUAGGAAAACAAGAAGUAGGUCAAGAGCUCGGUCAUUGAAGGAAAAAGUGGAAGAAGGUGGGCAUGUAGAAAAAGUGGGUCAAGAUGAGUUGUCAGAAACUAAGGUUAAUGAAAUUGAUUUGGAAAAUCAACCAAAAUCUGUUGAAGGUGAAAUUUCGUCUGACAUUGAGACGUCACGGAAGUCCAGUAAGUCAUUCUUAGAAUCCCUGAGGAAGUCUUCAGGAUCCAAGGAGAAGGGAGAGGCAGAGCAGACAAAGACCUUCCUGGCCUCUCUGACUGGGAGUAAGGAGAAGGAACAGACGUCAGGAAGGAAGGAGCAGACAACAAGGAGAUCAGGCAGACAGGCUGAGGUGCUGGUGUCCGUCAGCUCCGACGAUGACGCAGAGAGGGAGAUCAUUCCAGGGGGACAGGAAUUGUCUGUAAAUGAAUCCUUGGUGGAGGUUAAUUCUGGCAAUAUUGAUGAAGAUUCUUCAUCUUCUGUGUCAGCAAAGAAUAGAAAAAAGAGAAAACAUGAAGAGGUAGAUGAAGAUAAAGGAGAGCUGAAGGAAAAUAAAGCAAAAGGAAAGACAAAAUUGGAAGAAAAGAAAGCCAAAGAAAGGGUAGAAUCCAAAACUAGCAGUUCCAAAACUGAGGCAAAGAAGAAAGAAGAGGGGAGCCAAGAAGAUAUGUCAAAAAAACAUGGAGAUAAAAAAGACAAAAAAACAAACUCGGAAUCAGUGACUCCCACAUCGGCUGAAAGUGUUGAGGAUCGUUUAUCCCAUUUUGUCAGAGAACGAGGUCACACCAAACCUGCCAUUGUGGACGAUAAUGAUGACAUUACUUUUUCCGAUUUUGACAAACUCUAUAAACAUGUUUCAGCCAAAAGAGCCACGGAGAGCAGUAGCGGUGUUAAAGUUAAUAACCAUGAAGAGACAGAAAAAGAAGAAAAUGAUCCAGCAAAAGUUGAUCACAAGACCCCUCUCUUGAAAACACCAGACGUGCCAAGGAGAAAAAGUCAGAAGUCGGCGUUGAAAUCCAGAUCUAAGAAAAGCACAAAGAAGAAAACGGAAGACAAUCAAAGUGCCAAAAAGUCAAAAUGUCCUGAAAAAACACCAAACAGCCAACACUCAGAGGAAUCAAAAAGUCAUAAGCAAUCAGAAAAAAUGAAAGACAGCCAUUGUUUGGAAAAAGAAAAUAAUGUUGAGAAUGUUAGCAGUAAGGAGAAGCUAGCUCUGCUGAAGAAGAGGCUGACAGAGAUUGGACACCGGAAACCCUCCAUUGAUCCACUGUCUGAUAUCCAACUGGCCCAGUCCCUACCCUCCUCACCUAAUUCUGAAGAACCAGAUAAAAAGCGACCAAGGCGAGGGGGGCCGGUGUCCUAUAAGGAGAAACCUCUAAAUAGUAAAAUACGCAGAGGGGAUGCAUUCUUUGACAGAAGCUGAAAAUAGUUUGACCUUGGGAUGCAUGCAAUGACAGAUGGAUUUUGUCCAAGUAGAGCUGGCCCGGCAGAAGUCAACGCAAGUACUUGCUUCCUUCAGUCUCCAGAGGAUGUAGGAGUUACCUCCCUUGUCACAGUAAAAACAAAAAAACUGUAGUGGAGUGUCCAUAUAAAAAAAAAUGUGAAAGCUGAAGAUAUAAACAGAGUAUAUACAAGUUUUACAACAAAAAUAUGACUGUACCUUAUAAGUGUAAGGUACUUUCUGCAUGCAUUUUUUAUUUUGUGAUUAUAUUUGUUUAAUACAAGGGAGUUUUUGCUUAUUUUACAUGGCUUCUCAUGUGGUAGUAUUAAUUAUGAUUGUGUGUGUUUAACACAAAAGAUAGUGAAAGUUGAUGCAAUUGUAGCCCAAAGAUUGUAUUUCCUAGUACAUGUAGCUCUAAAACUUUCAAGAUUUCCUGUCAUUUCUUCUUACUAUGAUGCUUUCUUUAUCUUUCAAAUAUUGUAUUAUUUAUACAUAUAUCUUUUGUAUAAUGUUGUGGUAUUGAAGCCAUUUAUAGUGCAUUGUAUUCUAAAUUCAAAUUAUGUCUGUAAAUUUUGUAUUCUUCCAAAAUGUAUGAAAACAGGAUUUGCCCCAUGAGUUAAGUGCUACAAUUGUAUUUCUUUUGAACUGAAUGUUUGAGUUAAAGAUUUAAAAAGAAAAGAUAAUCAUUGUAUGGUCCCGUCCCCUUUGACUAGAGAUUGUAAAAUCAUACAUUCUGAGACUUUUUGGUUUGCUUUUUUGGGGGUGGGGGGUCUGAUAGACAUUGUAUUGUCAGAUGAUUUUAUCACGAUAUCUUGGCCAUUUUAGGAUUUUAAUUUAUUUUUUUUUAACUUGUUUUAAAAUGAGAGAUUGUCAAAAAUUUUAAUCAGCUGAUUUUCACCAAGAGUCCAUGAGUAUUGGAAUGUCAGUAUUGAAUAAUUCAUUACAUUAUUUCUGUUUUUCUUAUCAUGAUGGAAAAUUGCAAAUAAAAGACAUAAAAGAAGUCAAUAUAUAA